AUGUUCCUCUUCAAAUCUCCGUCUGUUGACAUAGCAAAUGUGAAGAACGCUGAGCACCUGUGGGACCUGAGUAACUGGCCGUCGUUGGGUAAUGGCAAUACAUUCGACGUUGCUUCUCUGAAGUCGAAGAAAGCAAUCAUAGUUGUUAACACAGCCAGUAAAUGCGGGUUAACCGGGGGUCAUUAUGACAAGCUGCAAGAGCUAUACGACAAAUACUCAGACCAAGGCCUUGAAAUUCUAGGUUUUCCGAGUAACGACUUCAGUCAAGAACAUGCUGAGGCUUGUGAAAGGGAUAAGCGCGCGAGUAAACUUAAAUUUCCUAGAUUCGAUCUGGUGCAUGUAAAUGGCGAAGAAGCUCAUGACAUAUACAAUUGGCUUAAGAUGCGGAGCGGAGUAUUUGGUUAUAAAGCAGGCGAUAAAACGGUUAAUGAGGCUACCAAAGCACAACUUCAAAGAAUAGGAUGGAAUUUUGGCAAGUUUCUUGUAACCAAUCAAGGAAAAGACGUCAAGUAUUUCGGGCCUAGGACAGGCCCAAUGGCCAUGGAAGACGACAUCAAAAAAGCUCUCGGAGUCUAA